CAAUCUCCCAUGAUGGCAUCAUUGAUGUCCAGGUAUGAUCUUGCUGCUGUAGAAAGUCUACUCGAGACUAUCCGAACCUCCUCCUUAUUCAUUGCCAUCGUUGAAGGCACCCAGGUCACCCCAGUUUGGGAGGCCACACCAAACCCCUACAUCCCGAAAGUUCCAGAGACGACAGAACUCGUCAAAGCUCUUGGUCUCCCGAAAUUACCACGCUCACUUGAACCUCCCAUGAUACUUCAUAAUCUGGGUUCCUUUGUAUACGAUACAGUACUGAAGUCAAGGAUCGAGGGGGUAUUUAGUGGCAAAAAUGUGUUCUUGUUCAAUGCGUCGGCAACAGGCAAAACGAGAAUAACCUACGAAGGUCUCUGUCGCAACUGGGGCUUCUAUUUCACCUCCGCCACGGACACCGCUCGCCUUGGAGAUCCGGAUCUGGAGUCAAUUAUAGGUCGUAUUCGUGAAGACGACCAGUUCACCAGGCUCAUCUCACCCGAAUCCGACUCUGGAGAACUCCUGGCAAGGAAUUUCGCUCUGGCCCAUCGGUACUUCAGCGCAAUUCUUUUGGCCCGUCUGCUGGUUUUCAAACUGUUCUUGGAAGCAGCCGUGGCUCAUGGCUUGCGACACAAACACAAGUCAAUUUGGCUGAGGUUGCAGCUUGGUCUUUGGUCCAAAUCACCCAUCAUUAUAGAUUUCUGUAAAUUGGCAUUGGAGUUGGUAGACGCGCUUCCUGACAAACACGACUUUGACCUAGCCAUAUCCGAAACCCUCUCAGAUAUAAUGGCCGUACAGGACAUUACUGCCGAAAGUCCGGUGUUUAUUGUCCUGGAUGAGGCUAACGCAGCUCUAAAACGGUUGGACCAAGCGUUCUUGGAUGGAGACGGGAAUUAUUAUCCAGAGUUGAAGGUUAUAUUGCGGACCUGGAGCACUCACUUGAAUCAUCCCCGCUUUGCUUUCGUCGUGGCUGGAACAGAGAUUCCCUUCAAAUACUUCACAGAGGAUGAGUGGUCAGGAUGGGUGUGGACCUCGGAUACGGGGGCUUUCGAUAACCGGGAGGAGCAGAGACGAUAUGCACUGUCUUUCCUUCCGUCGAGUUUUGCCUCUUCUCCGUCUGGCCAGCUUCUAUUGGACCGAAUAUGGAAGUGGACGAGGGGAAGGUAUCGGAUCACGGCUUCGCUCUUGUCAGUUUUCUUGGAGGAGCUAUUCAUUUCACCACACCAGCAACUUCAUUCAUAUAUUUCCACGUUGAGCGGUGGCUACUGCCCCCCCGGUCGGAACUGGGGCCCCGAUCUUUGUCACAGAACGCCUUUUUCAAGUGUUCCUUUCGAAAGUCUAGACUCGAAUCGUCGUUUAUCAUUAUGCAUGCACCAAACCGUCCUCUCAUACUUGCUACAGACGGGCGAACGGAACUACUUUUCUGUAGAUGAUAUCGUUCUUGUCAAUAAGGGCUUCGGUCGCUUCGUCGAUACCGGUUGUAGCCUGAUCACCAUCGACGAGCCGUUCAUCUUAGCUGGAGCAGCACGCUGGUUUAGGAACCUCGAGCAUUUCUUGAUAAUGCUCGAUUACUUCAUCGAGAAGAUUUUUGAGCCGACCAUAUCCUCACAACACGCUCUCGGAUACGUCACUCUCUGUUUGGCGGCUACUUUCGAUCAUCGUCAAGACGGCCGGAGGAUCGAUGAAGUCUUUGAAUUUUCGAAGGAGACGAAGGAACGUAUAAGGUACCUGUAUGGGUGCAUCGUAACGCCCGGGAGAUCGAGGAAGAAAAAGGCAAGAGAUACCGCACUGAUGUACUCGGAAAAUCCGUCUGCCAAGAUCGUUCACUGGUCCCGUUCGGCACAAACUACGCUGUCUUGGAUCAAAGAUCGCUCUACUCCGUUCUGUAUACAUCUUGUCGAGGAUGAGGCUAUGCUCAUCUUCGUGAUCAAGACAUCGAAGGGCGAACGCUUUUGGGUCUUCCUCCGAGUCCUCCGUCCGACUGACGAGGAGGAGCUGGCAGCCAAAGCGAGAGCCCUUGCGGAUUCGUAUCAUCCUAGGAAUGUUUUCCAAGAUAGCUCACCUUCGGAUACAGAGAAAGCCUUGGAGACCCUCCCUAACCUGUCAUCCCUUGUUGGAGAAAUGGGCGUCCUGAGAGUCCUCGUAUCCUUCACUCAAACCGUCGACCCAUCCGAACUGGGUUCGGACGAGGCAUCCACCGUGGUGACGCUCAACCUGAAGCUAAUUGCGUCGUGUACGGAGGCUUACGGCCUCGAUAUGGGAGUCGCGCGUGCAAUCGGUGACGCGAUCAUGAUGAACGUGGUAUCAUCGUCCGGUACGCCUCCUGAAAGAGAAUGGGAAGCUGGAGGUGAAGAUACGGAAGCGUCAUCUGAAGAUAUGGAAGUGUCAUCUGAAGAUACGGAAGCGUCAUCUGAUGACCUCGUCUAUUGAGAUGGUUGAGAGAAGGAAAGCGAAUGAGUUCGUGGAGUGAUAUGUUUGCAAACUACCACAUUCACAACUGUUCCUGGGUCCCCUCGUGCAUAUAUGUAGCUGGUCGUGUCGCGACUCUAGUUUAAACUCGAUUGCUUUUUGAGAAUAGCAAGAACCAAAUGAUAGCCUGUGAUAUGUCAAAUCAGCUCGAACUCGAAUUCAUACCCGAAAAUAGCACCGUCCAUUAUCCUGUAAAAGGUAAAAGCAUCCUACCACCAUUAUAAUUACUACCGCGUACAAGCGUCCGAUAACGCGUCGCGACAGGUUGCAUUGAGGGGUGGAGUGCAUUUCAGUUUCAACCGUUCGUAGGAGAAUUGAUUUCGGUAUGUAGAGCUUCUGAUCGGCGAACAUAUGUGAUAGCUUGAGAAAUUUCUUUCGUAUGACCAUAUCUCAUCAAAUCGAUAUCCUCCAGGGAGAAAUGAAUGCUAGUUUAAUCUCGCCUUCUUUCUUGCACCUUGACCUCGCCCCGAGCUCCCAGUAGGAGCUUGGCCACCAUAGACUCCUCCACCACCACCGCUUACACUCGUGAAACUGGUAGAGCUUCCUGAUUUGGAUGUUUGCGCUUGCGCGAAAGGGGCCCCAGGUCCAGUGAUACCUCCCCCGAUGCCACCUCCCCCAAGCAGAUGCGGGUGAGAAUUGUUUUGUGCUGGGACGGGCAUCAUAGACGGUGCGUCAUCUUGGGUUAUUCUUCGGUGAGGUGGUAUCUGAU